UUAUGGUCACGACCCGGAAGUGACUGUAGUCGCACAUUUGGAGUUGAAAUGCGGCUUUUGCACACGUGAAAUGAGUAAACCAUCUCAGACUCUUGAAUGAACAUUUUAAGAGUAUAGUUAUUGUGAGUUUUUGAAGCGGGUGGAAAAUGAAGUUUGCAUACAGGUUCUCAAAUCUACUGGGAACGGUGUAUCGCCAAGGGAACCUGAAUUUCUCAAAGGAUGGAAACUCCGUGAUCAGUCCUGUGGGAAACCGUGUAUCCAUCUUUGACCUGAAGAACAACCAGUCAGAGACACUGCCAGUGUCUACCACAAAGAACAUCGCAUGUGUGGGCAUCUCUCCGGACGGAAACCUUGCCAUCCUGGUUGAUGAGGAUGGUGCUGCAGUUCUGGUGAGCUUGGUCACACGCGCCGUGCUGCAUCAUUUCCACUUCCACAAGCCCGUCAACAGUGUGAGCUUCUCUCCAGAUGGCAGGAAGUUUGUGAUCACUAAAGAGAACGUAGCCCUGCUGUACCAUGCUCCUGGGAAGAAGCGGGAGUUCAACGCCUUUCAGCUGGAUAAGAGCUACUAUGGCCCCUAUGAUGAGACCACUUGCAUUGACUGGACAACAGACUCCAAGUGUUUUGCUGUGGGCAGUAAGGACAUGUCCACGUGGGUGUUCGGAGCAGAGCGCUGGGCCAACCUCAUCUACUACUCCCUGGGCGGCCAUAAGGAUGUGGUGGUGGGCUGCUUCUUCGAAAAGGACAGCUUGGAUCUGUACACUGUGAGUCGGGAUGGCGCCCUGUGUAUGUGGGAGAGUGACACGGAGCCAGAGGACUUAAAGAAGGGGCUUCGCUACAAAGAGCGGAAACAGAAAGAACGACAGAACACCAGAGGAUUGGAGGAUGAGGAGGAAGAGGAAGUCGGGGAGGUGGGAGAAGACGGUGAGAGGAGGGGAGAAGUGGUCAAAGGGAGCGCUGACGCACCCAAAGAAGAGGAGGGAAUCAAGAAUGUGCGCUACAAACAGAGGAGCAAGCAGUUCUUUAACAAAGAGGGUGACUUCAACAAGCUGACUGCCGCAGCCUUCCACAAGGACACCCACAUCCUGGUGACCGGCUUUGCAUCUGGAGUCUUCCACCUGCACGAGCUGCCCGAGUUUAACCUCAUCCACUCCCUCAGUAUCUCUGAUCAGCGGAUCGCCACCAUAUCUAUGAAUUGCACAGGAGACUGGAUUGGAUUUGGCUGUUCAGGUCUAGGCCAGCUGCUGGUCUGGGAAUGGCAGAGUGAGUCUUACGUCUUUAAACAGCAGGGUCACUUCAACAACAUGGCCGCUCUGGCCUAUUCCCCUGAUGGGCAGUAUAUAGCCACGGGAGGGGAUGAUGGGAAGGUGAAAGUGUGGAAUACCAAUAGUGGCCUGUGUUUUGUGACCUUCACUGAGCACACGAGCAGCGUCACCAAUGUCACCUUCAACUCCAGUGGCUUUGUGGUGGUCAGCGCUUCACUGGAUGGCACCGUUCGUGCCUUUGACCUCCACAGGUACAGAAAUUUCCGAACUUUUACCUCUCCUCGGCCAGCGCAGUUCUCCUCCCUCGCUGUGGAUGGCAGCGGGGAGCUGGUCUGUGCUGGAGCCCAGGACUCGUUUGAGAUCUUCCUCUGGUCCAUGCAGACUGGUCGCUUGCUGGAGGUCCUUAGUGGUCAUGAGGGCCCUGUAAGCUGUCUGAGUUUCUGUCCCACACGCGCGGUGUUGGCGAGCGUCUCCUGGGACCGCACCGUCCGCCUCUGGGACAUGCUGGACAGCUGGCAUGCCAAAGAGAUCCUGCGACUCCCGUCUGACGGCCUGGCGGUGACCUACCGACCGGAUGGCCUGGAGCUCGCCGUGGCAACACUGGAUGGCGAGAUCUCUUUCUGGAACGCUCAGACAGCGGCGCAGAUGGGAUCCAUCGCAGGACGCCAUGACCUUCAGAUCGGACGCAAGGACACCGACAAGAUCACCGCCAAACAGUCGUCCAAGGGCAAGUCAUUUAACUCCUUGUGCUACUCUGCUGAUGGUGAGUCCAUCCUGGCUGGUGGCCACUCCAAGUUUGUGUGCAUCUACAGCAUACGCGAGCAGGUCCUCCUCAAGAAAUUUGAGAUCUCCUGCAACCUGUCACUGGAUGCCAUGGAGGAGUUCCUGGACAGGCGUAAGAUGACGGAGUUUGGCAGUCUGUCCCUGGUGGAUGAGGGGGCAGGUGAUGGAGAUGGAGUUGCAGUCAGCCUACCAGGAGUCAAGAGAGGUGACAUGAGCUCUCGUCACUUCAAGCCAGAGAUCCGGGUCAGCUCUCUGCGAUUCUCCCCAACAGGGCGCAGCUGGGCGGCCACAUCCACAGAGGGUCUGAUGAUCUACUCUCUGGACGCUUCACUGGUGUUUGACCCGUAUGACUUCGAUCUGGACGUCACGCCGGUCAGCGUGAGGCGGCAGCUGAAAAAGACGGCAUGGUCGUCGGCCAUCCUACUGGCUUUUCGCUUGAACGAGAGCGCCCUCAUCAGGGAGGUGCUGGAAGCGCUGCCACAUGAUCAGAUUGCUGUGGUGUGUAGCACUCUGCCGGAUGUGUACGUGGAAAAGCUGCUGACGUUCGUUGGGGCCACACUGGAGAAUAGCCGGCACCUUCAGUUCUACCUAACCUGGGCUCAGAGUUUACUCACUAUACAUGGGCAGAAACUGAAGAACAGGUCAGGAGCCAUUCUUCCCACCAUCCAGUCCUUACAGAAGAGCAUCAAGAGGCACCACGAAGAUCUCUCCAAGCUAUGUGACUGGAACAUGUACACACUGCGCUAUGCAGUGGCCCUGUCCAAUCAGAGAGGACUGAAGCGAGCAGCAGCUGAUGAGCUGAGUGAGGAAGAGGAGGAGGGUUCAGAGGAGGAAGAUGACAUGAUGAGCGAACCGCUCAUGAUAGAGACUGACCUCCUUUCAUAGGCCACUAGAGGGAGCCCUCACUUAUUCAACUACAGAACUGUCUGUGGUAGAGCAGUAGGGUAAGCUGCUCUUGCUCUGGAGUUACCCUGUGCAAGACGUGUGUGCCAAUGCCUUGUGAGCUGGGAAUCCAUUUGCCCAGAGCUGGAAGAGAAGUGGACUGUGAAGCAGACCAGAUCAGACCUGGGCUGAGGGGCGAGUCACUUUGACUCCAAUCUCAAAGCCUCAGAGUUUUUAACCAUCAUGUGCAAGAGCCUCGUUGGUGUCUUAGAAAUACAUUUUUUUACUUUGUUUAAAAAAAAAAGAAAUGUUGGUUGAUAAAUGUUGGUUGAUAAAAGCUGUAUCUUGGUGAAAAUAUAUAUCUAUAACCAAA